AUGAGUAGCCCCAUGGACACUGUCACGGAAAAAGCAAUGGCAAUCAACAUGGCGCUUCUAGGCGGCAUCGGUGUAAUCCACUACAACCAGCCUGCCGAGGAACAGGCAGCCAUGGUACGCGCCGUAAAGCGUCACGAAAAUGGAUUCAUCUCGGAUCCUGUCGUUCUCGGUCCAGAUGACACGGUCGCCGAUGUCUUGGAUAUUAAAGCUCGACUUGGCUUUUGCGGUAUCCCCAUCACCUCAACGGGAUCCCUAGGUGGUCAGCUACUCGGUAUCGUCACCUCUCGCGAUAUCCAGUUCCACGACCCGUCCACGCCACUCAAAACGAUCAUGACCACCGACCUCGUCACUGCUCCCUCUGGAGUCACGCUCCUCGAGGCUAAUAACGUACUCAGAGAUUGCAAAAAGGGAAAACUUCCCAUCGUCGAUGCGUCUGGACGCCGUCUCCCUUCUCGCCCCUCUGCUGCGGCUGCAAUCGGAACGCGCCUAGCUGACCGCGAUCGUCUGGCCUUGCUCGUGGAAGCAGGGCUUGACAUUGUCAUCCUAGACUCGAGUCAGGGUAACUCGAUCUAUCAGAUUGAAAUGAUCCAAUGGAUCAAACAAAAAUGGCCAGAUCUCGAGGUUGUAGCCGGAAACGUUGUUACGCGUGAACAGGCUGCCAAGCUUAUUCAUGCAGGAGCCGAUGCCCUUCGUGUUGGUAUGGGUAGUGGGUCGAUUUGUAUCACCCAAGAGGUCAUGGCCGUCGGUCGUCCGCAAGCUACAGCCGUCUACCAAGUCGCCGAAUUCGCAUCCAAGUUUGGCGUACCAGUCAUUGCGGAUGGAGGCAUAUCCAAUGUUGGUCAUAUCGUCAAGGCACUCGCAAUGGGUGCGAGUGCUGUCAUGAUGGGUGGUCUCUUAGCCGGUACAGAGGAGGCCUUGGAGAGUACUUUACCACGAGGGCAAACGAGUCAAGGCGUAUCGUGGAAUGGGAGCAUCGAGGCUAUGGAGCAGCGCAGCGUCGGUGCAAAGGCACCUGGUCCCCAACCGGUGAGACAAAGAAAAGGUGGCCCAAAAGUCAACGGCGCAAAGGAGACUGGAAAUGCAGCGACGGCUCGAUACUUCUCCGAGACGUCUGCGGUCAAAGUCGCACAGGGUGUCAGCGGAGACGUUCAGGACAAGGGCUCGAUUCACAAAUUCCUCCCAGUCUCAGUCGAAACUGGCUUACUAACGUUUGUGGAAAAAAGGUACUUGCACACAGGACUACAACAUUCACUUCAGGACGCCGGUCAACAGUCGAUCGCAGCUCUCCAAGAGGCUUGUAUAUAUACUCCAUUCUUUCAAUUCAAACUCAUUGUACAAGCUUCCGCAGGUCAGACAUGCUCGAAUGUCGAUACGGCAUCCUCGGCUUCAGUAGUCGACGUCUUCCACUUGAAUACAUCGCCGAGUCACCGACGCCAGAAGUGGAACCUGACACAGCGCGCGCCGGAGAGUUGGUUUGAAGGUGGAUUGCGACGACCAUAUAGGAGGACGACGAUGACCCCCAAAACUCUCCAGAUACUCGUGUUGUGGCUUCCGUUCGCUAUUGCUAGCCUCGUCAAGGCAGUUCCAGUCGUUCAAACAACGUCGGGCAAAGUGAAAGGAAAGGCCGUCUCGAAUACGACCAACGCCUAUUUGGGCAUUCCUAUGCUCAACCUAACCUCCGUUGGGCCACUUCGUUUCUAG